CACAUAGACGGCGCGAGCGACUCCUUUGCAAAGUGCCCGAACUGCCAAGUAUCUCCUUUCCCGAUGAUCGCACUUGCUUUGCCAUUUCCCCUCGUUCCGUUCGUUUCCAUGCAAAUACGCACGGUUGUCGCCGUCCGUCGUCGCCAUCAGCCCGUCAAGCCGGAGUAGCCUGGCUAGUAGCCUGGGCGACCGACUGAUCGACCUCGAGUGUUGGCUAUCUCUUGUCUCCCCACACCUACGUCGAGUUGGUUUUCAAAAUCAAUAAAUCCCAUAAAAACAAGAGCAGCUGUCACGCUCAGCUAUCCCCUUCCUCGCAGCCCUAGCGACCCCAGCCAGCACUCGCAUCUGUUACUGCUGUCGGGUCGAAUAGAAGGCGCACGCCUACACUCGCAUUGAGAGCUCAAACCACGCCGCCUCACACGGCGCAUUCUUAGUUUCGGCCCAGCAGUAGGCGAGAAUCUAGUGGUAGUUACACGGCUCUUGGCCGUCGCGCAAGACGACUCCAUGCUUGACCGCAGUUGGCGAAUUCCGCCAGUUUCGACCAGACGAUUCCGCCACAGUUUCGCCACAUGUAACAAGGCGAUAGCUGUUUCGCCAACACGAGCACGGAAAUUGGAGAGGCUGGGUAGCAUGCGAGCCCAGGGCGAACUGUCGAAUCGAAAUCACGAUGCGAGAUAAGGAUGCGUCAUAGAGGGAGUCACUCCCGAUAGAGAGUCGAGAUAAGAAGGCGAAGACCUUAGCUGUCUUUUUGCAGUUCCCCGAGCUCUGAAGCAUCCGCCAGCGAGCGCUAGCUAGGCGCUGCUAGCUAGCUCAGGGUUUCUCGGUUGUAAUUUCUGACAGGUGUGGCAGUGGCCAGGGACGAUGUUACAGGGUGAUUGUACCGAGAGGCAGCCGGACCACAUCGUGGUGGCGGUGACACUAUCGGAGGAAGGCCGUGGGCUCAUCCAAUGGACGAUCAGCCGAUGCCAACCGGGUGACGUCAUCUACGUCCUCCACGUCAUCGUGCCGCCCACCGAUGGCGCGCAGCCCCCGCGGCUGGAGGAGAUGCGGGAGGACCAGCGGCGGAAGCUGGAGAUCUUCUCCGCGCUGCUGUGGGGCUUCGAGGCGCUGUGCGCGGAAAAGCGCGUGGCGGCGUCGGUGCGCGUGGUGCACGGCCCGUGCGAGCAGCAGACGCUGCUGGACGAGGCGCUGCUGCUGCGCGCCACGCGGGUGGUCAUCGACAAGGACGGAAUGGGGCGGCGCUUCUCCCCGCGCGCGCUGGAGCAGCGCCUUCCGCCCGCCUGCAUGGUGCUCUUCGUUGGCGGCGGGCGCCUGGCGCUUGCCAAGCGGGGGAAGGGCGGAAUGGGCGCGGCAGCGGGCGCAGCGGAGAGCACGGAUGCUGAGACCCGCGCAACAGGCGACGCCACUCCCAACGGCCACCGCCCGCUCUACAUCCCCCUUAUGCGGCUCUUCGGUAGCGGCAAAGACAGGGACGGGUACAAGGAACAGGCAAGCGCUGCGAAGGGCGGAGAUAGUGAGAAGGCGAAGAUCGCUGCUCGGGAGAGAGUGCGGGAGAGGGAGAAGGCAAGGGAGCGAGAGAGGAGGGGAGGAAUGUACGGCGAGCGGGAGAAGGGAGGGGAAGGGAAGGGCAUAUUCGAUGCUGCAGCAACCACUGCCUUGAGUUCUGCUCGGUCCACCAGCAGCGCCAUCGGUGGCAGCAGCAGGAGCAUGGGCGCGGGGGCGUCUCCAUACCCCACUGCGCGCAUUACCGUUGCUGCAGCCAGCAGCCAUGCGCACCCCAUGGGCGGGGGCAUCAGCCGCAGCGGACCCCUCGCGUACCAGCAUGCCUCAGUGGGCGGUGCAGGGAGCACGAGCCUGAGCGGACCACAGGAGCGAGCAGCAGCAGGUGCAGCGGGGCACGGCCGGCGGUUGGGGCAGCUACCGCGGAGCAACUCGCUCACGAGCCUCAGGCAGCAGCCGGCCUCCAAGCCGUCCAUCGCUCAGCGCGCGCUCUCCCUGCUGCAGGGCGACGUCUCCUUCCCCCGCAGGCCAUUCGCCCCUGGCAAGGCUCGCAGCGUCUGCAGCUCGCCUCGUGCCUCCUCCCCCCACUCCUCCUUCUUCUCCUCCUCCCGCCCCUCCUCCCCCCGCUCCUCCCGCCCGUCUUCCCCCCGCGCCUCCGCCUUCAACCCAUUCUUCCCCUCCUCCCCGCGCUCUUCCCGCCCCUCCUCCCCCCGCGCCACCACGUGCAACCCCAACUCCUCCCCCUUCAUCUCCCCCCGCUCCUCCGCAUCGAAUCCCUUCUUUUCCUCCUCCCCUCGUGCUGCCACUGCCGCCGGUGCUGCUGGAAACGGCUGGUUGGGGCAGCAUCAGGGGCACCAGCAGCAGCAGCAGCACCAGCAGCAGCAGCAGCAGCAGCAGCAGCAGCAGCAGCAGCAGCAAAAGCAGCAGCUGAGGCAGCAGCAGCGGCAGCAGCACAUGCAGCAGCAGGGGCAAGCAGGGAGCAGAAGCGGUGAGCACGUGCCGAAAUGGCAGGUGCUGCGAUCGUCAAUCACAGCCAAACAGCAGCCGCAGCAGCAGCAGCAACAGCAGCCGCAGCAGCAGCAGCAACAGCAGCAGCAUCAGAUGACAGACGGGUCACGCUCGUUUGAGUCACGUUCGGCUGCAGUCACCCCCAGGCACAUGCACCUGGGGUGGGAGAACGAGAGAGAGGGGGAGGAGGAGGAGGAGGAGAGGAAGGCGAGGGAGCAAGUGAGGAAGGGGAGGGUGGUGGGUGAGGGGGCGGGGGAGGAGCAGCAGGCGCUGAGCGAGCUGAGCGAACGGCUGGUGAGGCUGCAGCAGCAGCAGCAGCAGCAGCAGCAGAAAGAGCAGGGCGAGGGAGGGGGAAAGGGGAACAAAGCAGCUUCAGGGUCAGACAAGGCAGCAUCUAGUGAUGUGAGGACACGUGGCAGGUGGAAGCUGCCAGGGAAGGAGUGUGAGGUGGAGGCUAGUGAGGCGGAGGAGGGGCGUGUGGGGCGGAGAGAGCGGGGGGUGAGAGGGCGGGAAGGGAAGCUGAGUUUCUACGUGGGCCAAGGGCCGCAGGAGGAGAGCAUCCUCAGAGCUCACACCGCUCGUGCUGCUGACAGUGCCAAUGGUGCUAUUGACGGCCAUGCAGCUGGCCGUGUUGAGAGCGUCGACUGCAUUGACUGGGCCAACCGCUGUGACGUGGAAACUGCGUCAUCCUCCUCCUCUUCCUCUUCGGAAGCUUCUUCUGAACACGGGGAUGCCAAUAUCGGGGAUCAAAUGGAUGAUGCGAUACAGGGCACAGUGCAUCACUGUAGCUUCCCUCUUAUGGAUGCUUCUGAUGCCGCUCAGCCUGUUCUCGAGUCUUUCUGCUCGGAUAUAUCAGCCACGUCAGCUGCCACGUCAUCCUCCGCGUUCUCCUCCCGCUCAGGGGCGUCCUCCCAUUGGACGGACAUUCCCAGCAGCGGCUCCCUUUCAAUCCCAAACUGCCACGUGUCACAGCAAACACACCCUGGCAACAACAACAGCAGCAGCAGCAGCAAGAAGAAUGGGAGCAGUGGCUAUCUAUCAGAUUCGGCUCUGAUCCCUAGGGCACCUGGCGCUACACCAGCACCACCUGGGAAUUCACCUGAAGUGCCACCGGCAGCAGUUAAAGGCGCAGGCCCCAAUGCUGUGUGCUCUGGAGGGAGAGCCGUUCAACCGAGCGGCAGAUCUCCCCUGGAGCCUCUCAGUGGCAACAGGAUGCCAUCAGGCGGGCGAGAGGGGGAGAACGGGAGGGGGGAAGGGAAGAAGGGGCAGGGGGCGGGAGGAGAGGGGGUGAAGCAGGAGAGGGAGGAGGCAGGGGAGGGGAAGGAGGGCGCCAGGUGUCCCAUUCUGGAAUUCAGCGCGCACAGGCCGCGCCAGAGGCACGGCCUGGGGGGGACAGUGGGCGGGUGGAGCGGGGCGGCGGGGCGGCGGCUGUCGGUGCUGAACAAGACCCGCGACCCACAGAGGGUGAGCCACCGGCUGGGAGGAGCGGAAUCGGGGAGUGAGAGUGAGAGGGAUUUGGGGAGAAGGGCGCCAGUAGAGUGGGGGAGUGAAAGUGAGAGGGAGUCAGGGAGAGUGCGAGGAGUAGAGAGUGGGAGCGAGAGGGAUUUGCACGCGCCUGCUGCGUGUUUGAUCGCUGGUGGUGGGAGUGAGUGUGGUGUGAGUGAGAGGGAUAGGGAGUGGGGGUUUGUGGUGCAGGCAGCGAGAGUGGGGGAGAGAGGUAGGGAGAGGGAGAGUGAAGAGGAGGGCUCAGACGGUCGGGUGUCUGAAAGGGGGUGCGAGGGGGAAAGGGAGAGGGAAGGAGGACGGGAGGGAGAUGGGGAAGAGAUGGAGGAAGCGAGUGAGGGGAGAGCGAGUGAGGGGAGAGCGAGUGAGGGGAGAGCGAGUGAGGGGAGAGCGCGUGAGGGGAGAGCGCAAGAGCAGAGCAGCAAGGAGGGAGACAGCAGCAAGGAGGGGGAGAGCAGCAGGGAGGGGGAGAGCAGCAGAGAGGCGGACAGCAGCACAGAGGGAGGGGGAGUGGGAGUGGGGCUGGACUCGCUGCCGAGUGUGCGGCAGCAGUCGCUGCCUCUCAGCCGCAGCUGCACCUCGCUGCUGCCCUCUAGGCGGUACUUCUCCGAUGGGGGGGAGGACGCGGGGAGGGACGGGAGAGAGGGGAGGAGGGCGGUACCGGAAAUGCCUCAGAGAACGCCUCUGAGCUCCGUGGGAGGGGAUAGGAGCGUGCACGGAGGGGCGGUAGUGCGCAGUGCAGAGCUGCCUCGCAGCCGCAGUGGUGGCGGUGUCUCCAUGGCGUCGCCCUCCCCUGCCAUGCGGAGGAGCCUCUCCUUCACCCACGGAGCACGGCAUGCAGCGGCGGCGGCGGCGACAGGGCAUGUAGAAACGGCGACAGCAGCGGGAGCAGUGGCGGCAGCGCACGGGGAGGGAGGGAGCGGGGUGGCGGGCGUGGUGGGGUGGGAGGGGCCGUGGAGGAAGCUGAGGUGGCGAGAGGUGGAAGACGCCACUGAUGGGUUCGCCACGAGGAACCUUCUUGGGACGUGCGGCGGCUACAGCCGGGUGUACCGAGGCCGGUUACCAGGCGGGCAGCAGAUAGCAGUGAGAAGGGAGAUGCUCAACUGGUCCGCUGCUGCGGCUGCUAGUGGCGCUGGUGCUGAUGGUGGUGGUGAGGGUGGGGUUUUUGCUUGUUUUGGUGCUGUUCAUGGUGCCAGGCAAGGGGGUAGCCCACGUGGCAGUGUGCCACUGGCUGUAGAGCGCGGCCUGAGCAGCGAGGUGGCAGCUGAGCUGGCGGUGCUGGCGCUGCUGAGUCACCGCCACGUGGCGCACCUGGUGGGGGUGUGUGGGGAGCGGAGGGAGGAGGUGGCGCUGGUGUACGAGCACAUGGAGGGCGGCAGCCUCGAGACCGCCCUCAGGGGGAGCGCUGGGCCCUCUGAUGCUAACCCUGGCCCUCUCUCCUGGUCGGUCCGGCCAAUCAUAGCGCGCCAGCUGGCACUGGCCCUGCACUACCUUCACGAGGGGGCGCCCAGGGCUGUGGUGCAUCGGAACGUGCGGGCGGCGAGUGUGAUGCUAACGAGGGCAGGAGAGGUGAAGCUCUCAGAGUUCGGAUCGGCUCUCUUUGCUGCCGCCAACGAUGCGCCCAUGCAAGCGCCACUCGCCGGCAUGUUUGGCUACCUAGCGCCAGAGUACCUGUCACACGGGGUGGUGACCACGCGCACGGACGUGUUUGCGUUUGGAGUGGUGGCACUGGAGCUGCUGACGGGGCAGGCGGCCGUGGAUGAGAGCAAGCCCAGAGGGCACCAGUGCCUGGCGCAAUGGGCACGGCCUCUCAUAGAGGCAGGCAGGCUUCAUGACAUCGCGGACCCAGCCCUACUGGGCAGUUACCACCCGCACCAGUUCGCCCUGCUGGCCCGCAUCGCCCUGCUCUGCACCGAAAAGGACCCCUCGCUGCGACCCUCCAUGCUGCAGGUGCUGCACUUGCUAGACUCAGGUGUUUACGGUACCUUCGCCACAACAGCACAGCCGAUGACUCCGCUGCAUGCGCACACACCCCUUCAUGCUCGUUCCGUUCCAACAUAGGUUCGCCUCAUCCAUAGAAAACACGAUCCCCUAAUUUCGUUGUGGUAUGAGCGCGCCAUGUCUGGGUUCGCCAUCACUUCAUCCAUCUGCUCAAAGUCGCGCUGUUGGGCAACUCCAGCAUUGGGUUUUACCGUGUGUGCAUGUGCUGCACAGCUGCUGCUUACAUCCUGGAGGGUCUCUAAAGUUACAGGGUAUGUGGGCAACAAUUGGUUGGCUGGAUGUAUUUUAGGCAAGAAACGUUGAGGCAUGGGUGAUACGGGAGGCUUAAAGUGAAAGUAUACAAUAACUUCAAGGUUCAGAG